CGAGAACGGUAGGGGUGAUAGCGACGAUCGGGUAGGGGAGCGGAAGAAAGAAGCGGACGACGAGGGCGAGGGAUCGCGGUGGACGCGUCAGUCGGGUGGCAACUGUCCGGGCACGUGUGUCGCUCGUCUGGGUCCGGUCGGCUGGGUGCGCGGGUGGUGUUUGUGCUGGUGUCGGUACAGUGGUGGUACACGUACGGAGUGGUGGCGGUGCACCGAGAAAGGUGGUGACGCUCCUGGCUCCUGCUCGCGCGCUCCUCUCGCUCCGAAGGCAGCGGACUCGCGAACAUGUGAUUUUGACAGGUGGAGCGAGAAAGACAGAGAGACACAGCCCUUCGCGAUAAUCUCUCUCUCGGUGACGUUUCCCUCGCGCGCAUCUGUCGUUGCAUCCGUGGCGUGCGUGUGUGCGUGCGUGCGGUGGUGAGUUCGCGUCGCUCCGGACACGCCGGGAUACGCCGUGGAGUCGUCGCCCCCUCCGGCUGCCCCCCCUCUCGCCCGCUCGCGCCGAGGGGUUGUUACCCGUCGUGCGGAGGAGGAUAUAAUGUUCUGAAAUUCGUGACGAGAGAGCCACGCGCGCAUCAUCAUGGUCGCUAAGCACUUCGCUUCGCAGGGCUCAAGCCCCGAAUGCGGCGUGCCGGAUAUGACAGUUAUCAGCGACAUCGAUGAGACUGGUAUUAAUCGGAACCUUCAAGUUCGGUAUAGCAGGGACCAGAUAUAUACGUACACGGGAUCCAUUCUGGUGGCUGUGAAUCCUUACAAGGAGGUGGACUACUACACAAAUGAGUACGUGAAUCGAUACCACGAGCAGAAAAUGGGCGCCUUGGAGCCGCAUGUGUUCGCCCUGGCGGAGGCGGCGUACAAGUCCCUGCAGGACACCCAGAGCAACCAGUCCUGCGUGAUAUCGGGCGAGAGCGGAGCCGGCAAGACCGAGACCACCAAAUUCAUCCUGCAGUACCUGUGUUCGGUCACCAGCAACGUCGACACGUGGGUGGAGCAGCAGAUCCUGGAGGCCAAUACCAUCCUCGAGGCAUUCGGCAACGCGAAGACGGUGCGAAACGACAACAGUUCGCGCUUUGGCAAGUUCAUGCAGGUGUGCUUCGACAACAAAUGGAUGAUCAAGGGAUGCAUCAUUCAGGAUUAUCUGCUGGAGCAGAGCCGUAUAACUUUUCAGAGCCCGGAGGAGCGCAAUUAUCACGUAUUUUAUAAGCUGGUUGAGGCUGGCACGAGAGACAAGGAAUUCGCCGAGCAAUAUAAACUACGACCGGCCAGUCAUUACAAAUAUCUCAAUCAGUCAGGCGUAAAGAUCGACGGAAUUUCUGACUCUAAGAAACUCGACGCUCUCAGGCUCGCUUUCAAUGUGCUUCAGGUCGCGCCGGAAAUGUGCGAAGGCAUCUUCCGGGUACUAUCGGCCAUCUUGUGGCUUGGAAAUUUAAGCUUCGAAGACAUCGACGGCGAAAGAUGCGAAUUGUCGACGGAGGACAGGAACAUAAUCGAGACGGUCGCGCCAUUAUUGGGUCUUCAGGUGGAGGAUCUCACCAGGGUGGUGUUGAUACGGCAGAUAAAUGUUCGUGGUAAUAUAACCGAGAUUCCGCUGAAGGUGCAGGAAGCACGAGAGAACAGGCACGCGAUGGCAAAGGCGCUCUAUUCGCGCACUUUCGCAUGGCUUAUCAAUCACAUCAACAAUUGCACGAAUCCAGGCCAGGAUAGUUCGCGAUUUCUCGGAGUACUCGAUAUCUUUGGCUUUGAGAAUUUUGCGAUAAACAGCUUCGAGCAACUUUGUAUCAAUUAUACGAAUGAAAAACUGCACAAGUUCUUCAAUCAUUAUGUCUUCGCGUUGGAACAGGAACUUUACCGCCAAGAGGAGAUUCAAUAUUCUCACAUCACGUUCACGGACAACACAAUGUGCCUGGAAUUGAUCGAAAAGCCUCCACGAUGUGUUCUUAAAUUGUUGACCGAACAAUGCCAUAUGCCGAAGGGUUCGGAUUUGGCCUAUCUGACAAACUUGCAUGCGGAAUUCGAAAGCCAUCCGUGCUACGUGAAAGGAGACGAUCGACGAAAGUGGGAAAAGGAAUUCGGAGUCAAACACUACGCGGGCUGCGUGACGUACACCGUCGAGGGUUUCGUCGAUAAGAAUCGAGACGUUCAACAGGACGUGUUCUUCGAUUUCAUGUCUAGGAGCACCAACGAAUUCGUCCAGGAAAUUUCCGUCUAUCAAGAUCUGUUGGGAUACACCGUUGCACGUGCAACCGGUGGCGCGACCACGACAAUGUCACGAGGAACGUCGAAAGGCAAACCGACUCUUUGUGACUCCUUUCGACAUCAGUUGCAAGCCUUGGUAGACGUAUUACAGGCAACAACACCGUGGUACGCGCGUUGCAUCAAACCGAACAUGGAAAAGAUAGCCAAUCACUACGAUGAGAAGCUUGUCCUAGACCAACUCAAAUAUCUCGGCAUGCUGGAUAUUAUACGCAUACGUAAAGAGGGCUUUCCAAUACACAUGACCUUCCACGACUUUGUCGCGAGAUAUCGUUGUUUAGACAAGGGUCGAGCAUCCCUCUCCUGCGACGAAAAGGAGGCAGCCGAAUAUCUGAUCAGUAAACAAGGUAUACCGCAAACCGAGUGGCAGAUUGGCCGGACGAAAGUAUUUCUAAGAAGUUACGUCCACGAGCCUCUAGAGGAUUCUAGAAAUCAGAUGGUAACCAGAAAUGCCAUCGUAAUACAGAAAGUUUGGCGAGGAUAUGUCAAACGACGAGAAUACAAGCGUAUAAGGGAGGCGGCACUCAAAGUUCAACACGCUUAUCGCGGCUGGAAACUGCGAAUAAUGUUUAUCAGGAAACGUAGAGCUGCUAUAGUGAUUCAGAGUCAUUUGCGAGGCGUCUUCGCAAGAGAGGUGGCUGCUGCGCUGCGUGAAAUGAGACGAGUCGACGAGGAAAUGAGAAAGAGGGAGCGGCUAGAAAAAGAACGAAGAUUGAUGGAGGACAAAAAGGCGUUGGAGGAAAGCCAGAGCACGCAGUACAAUGGUAUUGUCGGGAUGGAAUCUGGGAAAGCGCAGGAAGAGAUUGCCGCCCUGUCGCAGAUGGCCGAGCAAAUGAACUCGAAGAUGGCUGCCGCGUCAGACUUGCAAUCGGUAGACCUCGACAAUCUAUUCUCCUUUCUAUCCGACGUACAAUCGACCAAGAGCAAUCAGAUUAUCGAGGAAAUUGGCGAGCAGAUGGACGAACUGGUCGAGGAUCUGGACGUAGAAUUAGAAACUGUCAUCCAACAAGAGAUGGAAUUAAAUUCCAAGGCUGCCGAGUCAUCGAAAGUCACUUCUCCUGUCAAUGGACAGGAAGUGACAUCUCCGCAACAACGAUUACCUGCGAGUAACUUGAGCACUAACAAACUCGGUCAACCGAGUCUUCCGGAACCCACGGAACCACCCCCACCGCCACCUCCCCCGGCGCCACCUUUAGCGAUGAACGGCGACUCGUCGGAUGACAACGGCGAACCGAUUUAUGAGUCUGUGCUGCCGCGCGAAGAGAAUGAUCUCAACAGUCCGAUCUCCCACAACGGCAGUCAUAGUCCUGGUCAAAUGGUCAACGGGGAAACUUGCAGCUCUUUGUCCUCGAGCAACAAAAUGACUAAAGAAAUGGCUGGUAGCCCGCCAUCCAGACCAGAGUCAACGAGUUCUGUCGGUCAUCAUCAUCCGCAUCAUCAUCAUCAUCAUCAUCAUCAGACAAUGAUACCUCAGGCGCAACAAAACGGUCACGAUCAGUCGCAGUCGCAAUCACAAACGUCACAGCAGUUGCCGGUUGAGCGUGAGCAGCGACGCAAGUGCCGUGUGGAACGAAAAUUGCAAGAACUCGAGGAUAAGAAGGAACAGGAGAACGAGACUACUUAUCACGAUAUCGUCGAGUUUGCGCAAAACUACUUCAACAGUCAUGAACGUUCACCGGAAGGCACCAUAAUAGCCACGUUGACCAGAAAGUCGCGUGGCAAGAGCAUCGAGUACAUCCCGAAAUACGAGAUGGUCACGUACUACAAAGGAUCUAGUAUUCCGAAUUCGCAUAUUCAUAUGUAUGAUCCCGAUAACGUAAACGUUGCAUGUUCUGUAUUCAGGGAUUUGUGCAAGUAUAUACGCGGCGAAAUGAAACUGGACCAAGAGAUUGCCACCAUCCAAAGUAUCAUCGCUUAUGGGAUCGAACGGGAAGAAUUGAGAGACGAAAUUUACGUGCAAAGCAUGCGUCAGGCGACCAAUAAUCCCAACACUGAAUGGGCGGAACGUGUGUGGUUGUUGUUAUGCUUGGCGAUCGUCGCCUUCCAACCGAGCAAACUACUCUACAAGUAUUUCGUCUCCUUCCUGAAGAAGAAUCUCGCCCUCGAGGGCAAACUGAGACAGUAUGUACAAUGGUGUGUGGAUAAUUGUAAGAAUACCAAGGUAUCUUGCAGACAACAUCCACCGUCCACCGUGGAGAUUGCUGCUAUGAGACGAUUGGGCACCAUAGUCUGCCGAUUCUUCUUUUUGGACGGAAGAACAAAAGCGAUCGAUGUACAUCCAACCGACACAGCCGCCGAUGCUGUCGCCAAGCUUGGAGAGAAAUUGGGUCUUCGAUCACUAGAAGGUUGGGCCAUUUAUCAGAGCAGACCAGAUGGAGAGGAACAUGUGCGGGCUCAUGAUUAUCUGUAUGACGUGAUCGCCGCAUGGGAAAUGAAACAAUGCAAGUUAAAUACGGCACAAUCGACGUUCUCGACGUUGCGACGUGGUAAUAACGCUACUCUGGGCAGCGGUGACAAUCGCUUCGUUUUCAAACGAAGAUUGUUCCGUAAUCCGAGAGAGAUCUCACAGGAUCCCGUGGAAGUCAAUAUGCUGUACGCGCAAGCGGUGUACAACGUCGUAAAGUGCGACGAUUUUCCGGUAUCCGAAAAAGUGGCACUGCAAUUGGCAGGAUUGCAGGCGCAAGUAUCCCUCGGAGAUCCGAAGGACAACGAUAGGCUGGAUUAUUACAGCGAGGUGGACAGUUUUCUACCUUAUAGAAUUAGCCGCGCUCGCGGCGACGACGUUUGGGUACCGAUUAUAGCGCAAGCACACCGACAAUACGGCGCCGGGCGCAAGGAACUAGCGGCUAAAGUUCUAUAUUUAUCCUGCGUGAUGCAAUAUCCUCUUUACGGCACGACAAUGUUCAACGUUACUUACCGAGGAUAUUGGUCUUACGGCAACCAAUUGAUUCUUGGUAUCAAUUGCGACGGUCUCAUGCUAAUCAAGCCAGACGAUAAGUUCGUUCUGUCCGAAUAUCGUUAUCAAGAUGUCGAGAGCAUCAUGCUGGACCCGAGCGACUCAUUUAUCACAAUUUCACUAUUGCGACAUAAUCCUGAUAGUUCGCACAAAUGUUUCGUAUUCGAAACCCCGCAGAAAAACGAGAUUGGCAGUUUGAUAGUCAGCUAUUGUUCGGCGCUGGCGGGUUGGAUUACGGAAAAUGAGGUGCCCACGAAGAAGCUCAAAUGUAUCACCAACGAAGAUCGUAUCAGGCUUUAUCACAAUUUGGUUAACUGCCGACGAACGCUAGUUGAUUCGGAAAUCCUGAGGAAACCGCAGGAUUCCGGCGGCGGUUUUCUCAGGAACACGCUUCGCAGAUUAUCUAAGCAUCGAAUAGAGAAACUCAGACAAGAGCAUGGAAGCGCCGAUCACGGCGAGACCUAUAAAGGCUUCCCAUACGCUUAUUGGGCGUUUAGUAGGCAGCAGAUACCACAGAGUCUGUCGAAACUGCCAGAUCCCGACGAGCAGAUCUCUUUAAGUAUCUUCCAGUUGAUUUUGACUUACGCGGGACUCGGCCAAAACGGCGAUACAGUCCGCAGAGUCGAAGAUGAGCAUGUAAAUCUCAUACAGACCGUCAUGGAACGUUGCAUACGAAAAGAAAAUCUGUUGGGCGAAUUGUAUCUACAAUUGAUCAAGCAAACGACCGAUCAUCCAGAUCCGAACAAUCGCGUUAAUCUGCGACACUGGGCAUUGCUCUCGCUUGCAUGUUCCGUCAUCCUUCCGCCUCAAAAGGUUAUACGUAAAUAUUUGCUCGCACAUUUGAAGCGAUGCGCCAGCGAUUACGUCACCGAGGAGGGCAAGUACGCGAGAUUCGCGGAAAAGUGCCUUUAUAAGACUCAGGGCACCCGAAGACGGCAAUGGCCGCCGAGUCGCGAGGAGAUCAUGUGCACCAUCAAUCGCCGACCGAUUUACGCGCGAUUCCACUUUAUGGAUGGCCAAUAUCACGCCGUCGAGUUUCAUCCAUCUGCAACUGCCAGAGACGUCAUGGAAAUCAUCAAGAUUAAGAUAGGACUCGAAGAAACUGCUAUGGGUUACGCGAUUUACGAGGUGUUGGGACCUACUGAGCGAUCACUGAUCCCUGAGGAGAAGAUAGCCGACGUAAUGUCCAAAUGGGAACGAUACAGGACAUCUCAAAAUCAACAGAAUUCACAACGGAAGCACGUGCAUCAUUUCUUCCUAUUCAAGAAACACUUAUUCCUAGAUCAAUACAUGAAUCUAGAUGAUCCGGUGGAGAAAGAACUAUUAUAUCAUCAAGUGCUACAUGAUUUGCGCGCCGAUCGGUUUCCCAUCACUGAGAAAGAAGCUAUGAUGCUGACGGCUUUGCAAGCACAACUGGAAUUGGGCGAUUGCCUAGAUACCAUAUCGGAGCAAGAUUACCGAACGAUAUCGAGCCACUGCCUACCAUCAAGAUUGGUGCCGUGCUUGUGCGUGGACGGUGUGCGCCAGCACCAUCAAUCCUUGCGCGGAAUGACGCCACCCGAGGCAAAGAAGGCUUUCCUGAAUCUGAUCCAAUCGUGGCCGUUGCAUCGAGCGACGAUCUUCGACGUGAUGCAAUCGUUUACUUCGAAUUGGCCUCGCGUGCUGUGGCUGGCGGUUGAUCAGCAGGGUCUUCAUCUCCUGGAGCAUCGUUCCAGAAACGCACUAUGUACCUAUGAAUAUAGCAGUAUUCUAAGUUAUACGCCCGCCGUUAAUUGUCUGAUGAUUAUUACCGGUACGGAUAAGAAGCAGAGCAAGGUCAUUCUCACCACGUCGCAGGCUCAUCAGAUAGCGAAUCUGAUUCGGGAAUACAUGGAGGUGCUUCAAUCGCCUCCGGAAAUACCGAGACGAGACUCGACGAUGACCGUUCAACAAUUUGCUGCUCAACAGCAUCAGCAACAGCAUCAGCAACCGCCCGCAACACUGCCGUCAUCUACGACCGGCGGACGAAAGUCCCGACCCGCUUCGAUGUUACACAGAGGUGCUCCGGUGAUACAAUCACAAGCUAGUUAGAAUGGUUAGAUAAAUCUCUCGCGGAAAUUAUAAGAUAGUUUCCCUUCAACCUGGUACCUAAGUCGAAUCUUCGUCGGGCGCGCCGCACGUUCCAUAAUUAUAAAGUGCCAUAAACUCGAGAUACGCACACAGCGGUAUUAUCUAUUUUAUCAAAGAAUACGCAUAAUUCUAAUAUACAUAUACAUAUAUAUAUAUAUAUAUAUACAUAUAUACAUAUUAUAUUGUAUAAUUUUAAUCCCCAUACCACCCACCGCUCCGUCUUGUUCAUUGCGAUAAAGCGCUCCCUGUAAUUAUAUAUUAGCAGUAUUCCUUGAGAGAUUAAAAUAUGUAGACUGACGUUUAGUAUCAGGUUGUGGCGAAAAGAAAACAUUACAUUUAAAUACACGUCGUGCUUCUAAUGUUAAAUGCGGUCGAUCCCCUCGCACAUCAGACCCAGACAAGAUCUGACAGCAGACAGGGUCUGAGAGACGUAUCGUAAGGAUAUCAGAAAAGCAUCUGCAAAUUUUUUGUUUCGAAAAGCUGCAUUUAGCGCUAGAUGCUGACGACGGUAGGUAGAAAUAUUGAUCCGGGGCUUUGAUGAUGCUUUUCUCGGUCGGGCCUAUCGAGAAACGACGACGUACCGUCGUGAAAACGACAACGCUAUAGCCUAGGGAUACUUAUUUCUUCCACUAUUUAUUAGAUUAGCUUAGAAUCACGAAAAGAUUCGUCAAAGGCUAUAGAUUUAGUCUCCGCGUAUAUAACCGAUUUAUAGCGAGAUGCGUGAUAAACAACUGCCAUUAGAAGAAAUAUCGAUCGCGAGGAAAGUUGCCGAGGAUUUUUCUAUUUCUAUUAUGACCGUUAUCAUUGUUGCCUUUUUUACCUGAGCGAUCGCCGCCACGUUUUUGAUAACGAUUUCCGCAGCACGAAAUAUAACGCAACGCGAAGAAUUUUCAAUAUACAGCGAUACGUUUGUUCGAUACAUUAUUCAUUCCGGCAGUCAAUAAUUAUCCCACCGGCAUAUCAUAUCGAUUGAAGGGUAAUAUAAUAUCGAAGAAAGAGAAAAGAGCUAUUAAGAAAACCAUAUAAGCACUUAUAAAGCGACCAAAAAAACGUAAUCUCUCGAACAUAAGUGUAACGUUUGACUGAAUAUUGCCUGCUGUAUCAAUGCUAAUUGCCAUAAUUAUAUUUCAAACAUAAUAUAUACAGUGGCGGCCAGAACCUUAUAAUAUUUAUUGAUAUUAUAAAUUCUCGCGAUAUAUGAGAGAGGGGAUCUAUAUAGAUUAUUUAAUAAAAAUAUAUAAUUCAGCUGUGAGAUAAGGGUUUUGCUGUAAAACAUUUGUGCGAUUUUAAAAAUCGAAUAACGUAUCCCAUCUCUUUAGAGUCACCGUUAUAUUUCCUGAAAUUGUCGGGUAAUCGCCGAAGAAAAGAUUGCCUUUUUCGAACCAAUUUAUUAAAAUCUAUAUAUAUCUGACAUAUUUAAUAGCAUCGAUUUACGAAAAUUAUGCUGUAUAUCGUCGAACAAAUUACAAUGCGUGAAUCCAAAUGAAAUGUAAUUCGUAUUUGUAAACUGUACGAAAUCUCGAAAUCCGAAAAAGAUAUUUCUCGUUCGCUAAAACGAACUAAAGCGUUUAAAAUGUCGUUUGUACUACAAAUGUACACAAUAUGCAAAAAAAUGUUUGCGUGCGCGACAAACGUAAAAACGAAUCGAAUUACUCCGUUCUUCGUUCUCUAGACAAUCUUCCUGAUAUCGUCGCUUUCCUCGUAUAAAGUUAAUCAUUAUCGCUGAAUUUAGAAAAAAAAAGACAAAGGAAUAAGGCAUAACGUGUACCAGUUAUGUAGAUCGACACGAUCGCAUUCGUUCAACAAGCAUGCUACGAUAUUGCGUCCAAUCGAGAUUUUAUUUUUUUUUAUUUUUUUAUUUUUUAAUCGAGAGAUGAAAUUCAUUCGUGUGUAUAAAUCAAUAAUAAAAAUAUCUCACGUUUAAUGAUUAUUUCGGAAAGCUUCUUUUCCGAAUGUAAUAAUUAUUCAUAUAAUAGUCUGUAAUCUCUUCGACUCUGAUAUCUUAGCUGCGAUAACAUUUUUCCCGAAAAAAUAUGUACUUUCUUUGCACUUAAAAACGAAUACGUUUAAAAAAAAAGUGCGAAUUAACCGAGAAAGAAAACAAGAGUGAGCGAUGUUUCUAAUUUAACAUAUGUAUUUCAGAUUGAUUGAAAGAGUUCAAUUUAUCAUUAUCGAUUUUAUAAGAGAUUUAAUUUUAACGUAUAUAAAUUCAUGUAUAUAACUAAAGAGUUUUGAAAGAAAACCAUCGAGUUUUAUUCGAUUGUGGGAUAUUCUCAAGAACGGUGACAUGUGCGAAAGGAUGAUAUACAGGAUGUUUUUAUGUUUCAUGGGAAACAAUCUAUAUAAUAUAUCCAGUAUUUUUGAAUUUAUUAAUUGAUCAGAAGAGAUGUAGAUUCAUGUAUUAUAUAAAGAUGAUUAUUUCCAACAAUUCCUAUAACUUUGUUUAAUUUUGUUUUUAUCAAGAUAUAGAUUUUUCAAAAUUAUACAUCUUAUUUUCUUAACUAAAUACUCUGUAACUCGAAAAUUAUAUGUAUUUAGGACAUUGGUGUAUAAUUUUUUUUUCAAGAAAUUACUCAAGGAAUCACCCUUCGAAAUUUUUCGCACAUGUUUAGGGUCUUGUAGAGAAACACGAUCUCGUCUUAUCGGGAAUGCGAGAAAGAUGAUGACUUUGUUGAUUCGAAUCUUUGCUUGAAGUUUGGCGGAACCUCGACGUGUGCAGAGAUAGACUGUGAUCCGCUUUGGGAGUCUUUAGUCUUCGAGAGCCGUUUAAUCGAGUGAGACUACGUUUUCGUGUUAUUAUACGCUAUAUAUAUAUGAAACGAUGCGCGAACGACGUAUAUGACGCUUGCGUACGUAUGGAUGCGAGAGAGAAUGCGAUAAUUUAAGAGACACUUAAGGAAUGUGUGUCUGAAAUGAUUUAAAACUUUGCUCUCCGGAUAUCAUCAAAGUUUUCAGGACGUCUGAAGAAUGUUAACGCGAGAGGAAGAAAUUCCCUCGAGGGUUUCGAGAGAGAAGAAAGUUACUCGGCUUUUCCAACAUCCUCCUAAGACGUCUUCGAAACCUCUCGAGUAUCGUCUGAGUUGAGUUCUAAAAAACAUUUCAGACUUUUCUCGGAUGCGUUAAAAAUUUUUUUUACGUUUGCGUUUGUGUGCGCGAGAGCGAUUUCAAGUGAUUGUGAUUAAUUAUUAUAAGAAUAAUAUACGCGCGCGUGCAUGCAUGUUACUCAAGUGAUAUGGCACCAGCCAUACACGUAGCUUUUAAGCGAAUCAUAAGUUAUUGGUUGACACAUGUUAUUGAAUUAUAUAUAUAAAAACGAAAGAGAGAUCCUGUGUAUAUAAAUAUAUAACUAUAAUAUAUAUAUAUAUAAAUAAGGAUACGAGCUCGCGAGCGCGCACGAGCGUUUUAGAAAUGGCCGCACAAGACAAGUUGAAUGGAAGAUCAGCGCGUAACGUCGUUGUUACAUGUGCAAGAGAGAUUCGCGCCUAUACGUAUUAUAUAGAAAAUAUACAUACAUAUUAUAUAUGGAUAAAUAAAUAAAUAAAUAUAUAUAUGCAAUUCAGCGUGAAUGUUUAACUUUAAGUUUUAACGCAUAAAAAAGCUGCAUCAGUCUUUGGCGUACUUGCAGUGUGUCUAUGUAUGUUCGUCUUUCUUUUUGUAAAUUAAAUUUAAUUAAAGAACGAGUAAUAUAUUU